GAUCUUGGCUUUGCUCUCGAUCGUCAUUACGUUGAUCCGCCUUUGUCACGAGUCACGACUAUCCCCACUCUCCUUCUUCCCCCCCAAUUAACCCUGGACCUCAAUAAUCACCCCGUACGCCUUGCCAUCUUACAGCCUCGGUCUGCCUCAGCUUUUCAUACGCCGUCCUCCGCUUUCCUCACGCCCCCGCUAGCUCUCCCAACUCCUCGCGCUCUUGGUGCCACCUCACUGAUUUUCCUCGUCCGCAAUUCAAAUUGGAUGUCCUACGGAGUGUAUUCCAGCUAUUAUACUCUCUACCGCGUCGCCGGGUCGGCCUCCACAACGUGGCGCUAG